AUGCAGGCUCUUGUCCAGGAAUCGCCCAUGUUUCGCUUUUGGUCCAACGACCCAAGGGGAAGCAACAAGGCAGUAGAAGAGGGUCACCUGCUAUCAACGUGUCCCGGUUCUGCUGUGAAUGCUCCCGGCGCAUCCUCUGAGGAACCUCUCACACCCAUCUCACCCAAAAGGCGCCGACCGAGCUUUGUCGAUACCACCGCCUGCCCAACAGCCAAGCGCAUCAAGACGGCAGAGCAUCCCGGUGGUCUGCCGUCGCCCACCUCGGCAUGCGCCGAUAACGAGGACAAGAACAUGCUGCGCGGGUCCAGCAAGAGUUCCAACCUUGAGCGUGCCAAGGAUGCGAUCCAGUACCAGUUCGGGCUCGAGAUCCUCCUCAAGCACGACGAGCUUCGACUCAUCGACCAGGAGUUGGCCAAGUGCCAGAUUGCGCUCGAGCAACUCCGCCGGUGUCACCUGAUUCCCUAUCCUGUCCAAUGUCCGACUCCCAGCCAGAUGCUGGAGAUUAGCAGCGGAAAGGGCCCUGUGCUUCAACCAAAAGCCGGUCAACCCGUACCCAAAUGGGCGCCGCCUUUUGGUGUUGUCGACGGCCCUUAUGCCCGUCAUUAUGCUAAGUGGCUUAUCCCCGAUCCCAUGUUUGAUGGCAUUCAGCCCGAGACCCCCGGCCUUACAGAGACUGGCCGGGCCAGAAAUGUCACGGCGGAAGGUAGGGCGACGAGGAACAGCAUGUCGGAUGCGGGCAGCUUUGGCAAGCAACGCCCUGCUCGUGGAAACGCAGGCCAGAGGCUCAAUGCCCUAUCCAGUGGAUACCCUCCGGUCAAAGACAAGCAAUCCCCGUGCACUGUCAAGCGUUCUGAUGGCCUUACGGUCAAGUUGGUGUGCAUCGACUGCCACAGAUGGGACUUUUCAAGCACCCAAGGCUUCAUCAACCACUGCCGUAUUGCUCACAGACGGGAUUUCAAGAGCCACGAGGAAGCCGCUGUUCAUUGUGGUCACCCUAUCGAGGUUGAUGACAGCGGAGUCAUCGUUGCCGAUGAGAACAAGGGCCCUGCGCCCACGCCCUCCGUUCCCUCUGGAUUGAUCCAUCCCCUGGCCCGUAAGGAGUCUAUUUCUGACCAGCAGGCUUACAAAAACAUCCUUGCUCGCAUCAACGCUUCGCUGGAGCUUUACCAUGCCGGGAAGCUGCCCAAUGUUAAGUGCAUACCCCGUGCUCGCAAGCCGUCAGGGUCUAAUGCCGCCGGGUCGUCCUCUGCUGGUUUCGUUGCUUCUUCCGAUGCGCCUUAUCUGUCCCAGCUGAUGCAGAAGAAGAAGUUGAGUGGUAACCUGAAGGAUGAGUUGAACGAGGCCAAGGUCAAGAUGGAUUGGGAUAUGCUCUCUCCUGGCGAGGACUCUGAUAUGGAUUUGUGUUCUGGAUCGGAUCGUGCUGCAACACCAAACAAGGUUUCCGGCUCAGUCGCGCGGACGCCUGCUGUUAUGCGGAUGCCGGCACGCUCUGCUGUGUCUCCCUCCCAGCCACCGGUUGUUCCCCGCCCCGCCAGUAGCAAGAGUCAGGCUUUGGCUGCCGCCGCUGGUGCUGAUGCCGAACUUGAUGCCGACUCGCCAGAGACCCCGAGCUAUGAUGAUGAAAUGGAUGUGGAACUGAGCCCCAACACCAUGGCCAGCAACAAUGCGCCUUCUUUGGUUAGUGACGAUGGAGAAUAUGACGACUCGGACGAUGCUGCUUCCGACAGUAGCGAUGCCAUGGAGAUCGAGUCGGUCUCUGAUGUCGCCGAGAUCAACCUUGAGGAGGACGUGGAUGUUCGUGACAGUGCUCCGCGGCCCAUCCAACACUGCCGCAAAAUAAACAACACAGACAAACUGAAAAAAGAUGAGAACAGGCAUGUGACCUUUGUCAGUCCAGGUCCUGUUCCCAAAGCCAACACCAAGGGGAGGCGGAAGCAAAAAAUGUAG